CACUACAUAAAACCCACAAAAACAAAUCAAAAGCCAGAAAAAAAAAAAAAGAAUUACUCAUUUCUGUGCAUUUUAAGCAUACACAACUAAUUACAUCCAUAUUUCUUUCCAGUAGAGAAGGAGAUCCAUCGCUGCAAGAAAUGGGUGAAGAGAAGAAAGAAGAAGUGAAAGCAGAAGAGAAAAAAGAAGAAGAAGCUUCAGAAAUUGUGCUCAAAGUUGAUAUGCAUUGUGAAGCUUGUGCUAGAAAAGUUGCGAGAGCUUUAAAAGGAUUUGAAGGAGUAGAGGAUGUGAGCACAGAUAGCAAAGGCAGUAAGGUGGUGGUGAAAGGGAAAACAGCAGACCCGCAAAAAGUAUGCGACAGACUCCAAAAGAAAAGUGGAAAAAAAGUUGAAUUAAUUUCACCUUUGCCUAAACCGCCGCAAGAAAACAAAGAAGAGGAUAAAAAAGAAGAACCAAAAGAGGAGAAAAAGGAUGAGCCUCCUGCUGUUGUAACCGUUGUAUUGAACGUUAGAAUGCACUGUGAAGCAUGUGCUCAAGUUCUACAAAAGCGAAUUCGGAAGAUUCAAGGUGUUGAAUCAGUGGAGACAGACUUAGGGAAUAGUCAGAUAAUAGUAAAAGGCGUGGUCGAUCCGGCGAAGCUUGUGGCUGAUGUAUACAAGAAGACCAAAAAACAAGCAUCAAUAAUAGUAAAAGACGAGGAAACUAAGAAAGACGAAGAGAAAAAAGAGGCGGAAAAGAAACCCGACGACGAAGGAGAAAAGAAAGAAGAAGAUGAUAAGAAAAUUAAUGAUAUGAUGAUCAAAAAAAGUGAAAUUUGGCCAUCUAAAGUUUACUUGGAGUAUGCUUAUGCACCUCAAAUGUUCAGCGAUGAGAACCCUAAUGCUUGCUUUGUUAUGUGACUCAUUAAAAUUGUUGUAUGAACCUCUCUAGCUUGUAGCUAAGCUACCCAUGCAAUUUUCUAUAUAUGUAACUUAUGAUGAAUAUAUGCUAAUAAGAUAUUCGCAUAA